UUGGAAUAGAAAACCAAAAACGUUCCAACAACAACAAGCUCUCAUAUUAUUUUCACCCAUAUUGGCAAUUGAAAGCCGUCAAAAUACGCAAAAAGGUGACCACUAAAAAAGCCAGCGUUGUUAUAGUUGAGGACGACGACGAUUUGAACAACAAUAAUCACCAUAACAACGAGAACAACGAGAACAACGCUAGGCAGACAACAACAACAACAGCAACAUCGUCAUUAUCAUUAUCGUCUAUACAAGAAUCUUUUGAAGCAACAGCAGCAGCAACAUCAACAACAACAACACCAGACAAACCAAAAUCAUCAUUAACUAGUGCAACAUCUUUGCCAGCAUCUCCAUUGAGGUCGUCUUCCCCAUUAUUGUCGUCGUCGACAACUUCUGCUGUUACCACAACAACAACAACAACUGCACACAAAAUGGAUGAGACACAGCAUUUCUGUUUGCGCUGGAAUAACUACCAGAGCAGCAUAACCUCAGCAUUUGAGAAUUUACGAGACGAUGAGGAUUUCGUUGAUGUGACAUUAGCCUGUGAAGGUCGCAGCAUAAAGGCACAUCGUGUUGUCCUCUCCGCCUGUAGUCCAUAUUUCCGUGAUCUCUUGAAGAGCACACCCUGUAAACACCCUGUCAUAUUGCUGCAAGAUGUCAAUUUCAUGGAUCUGCAUUCUCUAGUUGAGUUCAUCUAUCAUGGCGAAGUGAAUGUCCAUCAAAAGUCAUUGCAAUCGUUUCUCAAGACAGCCGAAGUAUUGAGAGUUUCGGGUCUAACACAACAACAGGCUGAGGAUACGCAUAGCCAUUUGGCUCAAAUACAGAAUCUGGCCAAUGCCAAUGCCAGCGCCGCUGCCGUUGCUGCUGCCGCUGGUCUACGUGGCUCACAUAAUUCCCAUCCACAUCAUGUAUUGCACGAUGAUGGUGGCUCAACGCUAUUUAGCAGCCGAACUGGUUCGGCCAAUUCACCGCCACCACCGCCGCCACAAAUGCACAUUAAUAACCAAAUAUUGAAACGUAUGGCCAUGAUGCAUCGCAGUAAUACAGCAGCCGCCGCCGCUGAGGAGCAACAACAACAACAACAAUCGCAUGCAUUGAAACGAUUGCGUAGCUCCGAUAAUGGUCUACCAUCGAGCAAUCAAAAUAGUCCCGAUCUGCCAUCAUUGCAUGCAAGAAGCGCCUCGCCCCAAUUGACACCGGCCGAUUUUAGUACGAUCAAGCACCACAAUAAUAAUAAUACACCGCCGCUCAAGGAAGAGAAACGAAAUGGACCCACUGGCAAUGGUAAUGGCAACACUGGCAACUCUGGCUCAGCCAAUGGCAAUGGCAAUGGCAUCUCGAUUAGCGAUAAACUUGGCAGUCUGACACCAUCACCGUUGGCCCGUGCCGCCGGUGCCGAAGAUGUUAAAUCCGAGCCAAUGGAAUUGGUUUGCUCCAACAAUAAUGCAAAUGCCAAUGAUGAGCAUAGUAAUGAUUCAACCGGUGAACACGAUGCCAAUCGUUCCAGCAGCGGAGAUGGCGGCAAGGGUUCGCUAAGCUCUGGCAACGAUGAUCAGGAAAUUGGCGAUAGUCUAACCUCACAUCAUGCCGCCCAGCCGUUUAUAAUGUCGCCAGCUGAGAAUAAAAUGUUUCAGGCAGCCGCCUUUAACUUCCCCAUUGGCAAUCUCGAACAUCCUCUGCUCAGUCUCAACUCGCAAUUGCAGCAAUCCGGUGAUCUGGCCGUCUCUCCACAAGGACACAAUACGCACAAUAUCAUCUGUUCCGCAGCUACCUCGCCAACCAGUUCUACCUCAUCGCCUCCAUCGCCGCCCACAGCGAUGACCUCGCCCACCAGCAGCUCGCUAAAUGGGAGUCUUGCCGCUGCCGUAUACAAUCUGCAUGCGGCACACAACUCACCGCCACGUCCCGGCAGUGUGGGCAGCAGUGUGGCCAGCAAUCUCUGCUCCUCAUCCACAGGUGACAGCAGUCCGGCCUCCUCAGUGGUGAUAGCUGCCAGUGUGGUGGCAGCAUCUCAAUCCCAGCAACAGCAGCAGCAGCAACAGCAACAAUCGAUGAAUGUGAAUGUGACGGGGGCACCACCGCAAUUGCCAUUGCGUAUGCCACCACCGACUAGCGGGGGCAUUAAUGAACCACAGGAGUGUCCCUAUUGUCGGCGCACCUUCUCCUGCUAUUACUCGCUGAAACGUCAUUUCCAGGACAAGCACGAGCAAUCGGAUACUUUAUAUGUAUGCGAAUUCUGCCAUCGACGCUAUCGUACCAAGAACUCGUUAACCACGCACAAGAGUCUACAGCAUCGUGGCUCGAGUGGCAUGUUGAAACGUUUGCUCAAAACAUCGGCCAUUAAGCAUGGCCUGGUUGGUCAUGGUCAUCAUGGACAUCCGCAUCAUCAUGCCCUCUCGCAUUCACAUUCGCGGACCAAUCUGUUUGAUUUCACCAGCGAGCUGGGACAGCCACCACCAGGCAUACAAUAGGAUUUAAGAUGGAAUGCAAUUUUUUAGAGAAACUUUUAAUCCACACACACAUACACCCACACACACACACACACCCACACACACACAACCCUUAUUCUCAGUGUAAUCUUUUCCAGUGUACUAUUAUCUAAUUUUAUAUAGGUUUUUUUUUUUUUUUUUUGUUUUAGGCAUUUUGCAUUAAGAACCAGCUACAAAUACUUUGCCAACUAAUUUUAAAAUUCAAUUGUUUUUU